AUGGCUGCGCCAGCUAGAGCCCUACACUCAUUUCACUCCUCCACCAAUCACUCUCCAGUGCCCUUCAUAACCUCUCUCCUCCAAACCCUAAACCCACAAACACCCAACCCCUCAAACCUCAUCACAUCCUCCUCCCCUCUCAACCAAUUCUCACCUCACCUAAACCCAUCCCUUGUUCUCCAGGUCCUCCAAAACCAAACCAACCCCCACCACGCCCUCUUCUUCUUCAAAUGGGCCUCCAACCCAAACCCCAAUCCCAACAACUACUCCCACUCCUUCAACUGCUACUGCGCCAUCACCGACCUCCUCCUCCGCCACUCCCUCUUCUCCUCCGCCGCGUCUCUCCUCCAAGACUCCAACAAGUUCAUCACAGCUCACGGCCGCCGCGGCGGUCUGAGGGCCGCCAUCGAUUGGUUCCACAAGGCCAAAGUGGUUGAGAAUGGGAGGUGCUUGUUUUCUUACAAUGCCAUUCUGGGUGUGUUGGUUAGGGCUAACAAGAUUGGUUUAGCUGAGUCUAUAUAUGAUCAGAUUGUCAAGGAAGGUCUGGUGAAUCCGGAUGCGUCGACUUAUACCACAAUGAUUAGAGGGUUUUGCAAAGUGGGUGAAAUUUGGAAUGCACAGAACGUGUUCGACGAAAUGACUUGCGAGCCGAAUUUGAUUACUUACAAUACUAUGAUUUAUGGGUAUUGCAAGAAGGGGGAGGUUGAUAGUGCGAGGAGAAUUUUGAGUCAGAUGAGGGAGGGGAAGGUUUGCUUGCCUGAUACAGUAACUUACACGACUUUGAUCGAUGGGUAUAGUAAGAAAGGUGAAUUGUGCGAGGCGAUGAAGUGUUUGGAUGAGAUGGUGAGACAGGGUUGUGAGCCUAAUGUGCUCACUUACAAUGCCGAGAUUCAUGGUUUUUGUUUGAGUGGGGAUGUUAACGAGGCGAAGGGGAUGAUGACAAGGAUGAGGUUGAACGGUGUGAAGGACGAUAUAGCAACGCAUACGAGUAUAUUGAAGGGGCUUUGCAUUGCAGGGAAGGGUGAUGAAGCUGAUGAGCAUCUUAAGGAGAUGGCCAGACUUGGGAUGAAGCUGGAUGUGAAAGCAUAUGGUAUUGCUUUCAACGAGUAUUGUAAGAGGAAAGAAUCGGAUAGAGCAAUUUCACUAUUAAAGGAAAUGAGGAUGAGAGGCUUGAAGCCAAGUGUUUCGAGCUUUAAUGCAGUGCUGAGUGUUCUUGUUGAAAUUGGGGAGCUUGAAAGAGCCAUUAAUCUUGUCAAGCAAAUGCCACAAAUGGGUUGCUCUCCCAAUUUCUUUUCUUACAACUCAGUGAUUUGUAGUCUUUGUAAUGUGAGAGGUAGGCUGCCGGAAGUUGAAGAGCUUCUCCAUGACAUGCUUAUAAACGGUCAUGCUCUUGAUGUCACUCUCUAUAGUUGCUUGAUCAAAGCUUAUUGUGAGGAUGGUGAUUUGCGAAGCGCAAUUCAGGUUUUUUGUGACGCACUUGAUCAGAGGUACAUUAUUAGUUUGGAGAGCUUUUCAGCUUUCGUCAAAGAGUUAUGCGCCAAGGGGAAGGCUGUCGAGGUUGAGAAGAUGUUCAAGGAUAUGCGUAAAAGAUGCAGAAUUGUUCAUAUAGAUAGUUACAGAAGGGUGUUGGAUGAUCAUUUAUGUCUAUCUGGGAAAAGAAUGGAGGGUACAUGAUAUAACCAAAACUCGCACGAAGUGCUUAGGAUCACUUGACAGAGUCACUCUUUUUAAGAGUUUAAGUUCAACUUACUUCAAGGUUCAUAAUUAUAUGUUUUGAGAUCCUUG